AUGUCUACUAGCGAUACCGACGACGACUUAUACUGCGAGCCAGUACCUGACUCAGCGCCCACAAGCGUCCUCCACGAUGUACCAUGUACGGUUGAAGGGGCGACCAGCAAAUCGAACCCUUCGAGUCCAGCGCUGAAGGACCUCUCUCCACCUCCGUCUUUCCGCAUGUCCGAUGAAUGGGCCGCGAUCGAUAAAGAAUACACCUUUUACGAAGCCCGUCAACUCGAUAAGGACAGGGACCGCUUAGAAAAAGAGAUCAGCUGGCGGGAGAAGCAUUUCAGGCGCUUGGCAAACAUGUGCGCACAGCAAGUACCUGUCCGUUUUGCCCGGCCGAUGCCGACCGGACUUGUCUCUCAACUUGUGCAACACCCAGAACUCCUCUUGCGGUAUUUUCAGAACGAAAGGCGGAUUGCUUGGGCGAACCGGGUUUGCGAAUGGCAGGUUCAACAAAUGGACCUCGGAAUCGUCGGGACCUUCAACUUCUACACGAAAGACCAGCUGCUUCGGCGCGCGGUCAUGCGUAAUCAACGCCUGAAGCACGAGCCUAUCGUCAAGCAGCUUUUCGCUCACAUUUCGAAGUGUCUGUAUGCUUUAGUCGAACAAGGUCAAGAUUUGACGGACGAUGAGCCGCUAACUCUGCUUGACGAAAUGCUCGUAGCGGAGAUAAUUGACGGGAACGCGGACCUCCGUCACGAAUACAGGGAAUCGAGAGAUUUUGAACAGGAGGUUGCUGGUCAUCGGUUCCAUGGAAGACGCAAAUACACAGUGUCCCUAGUGAAGCGGAUAAGACGUCUGCUUAAGCCAUCGGGAACCCUCUCAGGACAGAAUAGGUAUGGGGGUGUUGAGGGAGUCAAUGGUCCGCGCAGUGUUGUCGCGCUUUUGUCAUUGUUCGUCUUCCUGCUGUCCAGGCCAGCGCUCUUUUGUAACUAG